GCACGUCUAAGUGUGAACACUUUGCACUCUGAAACUGCGAAUCAGCCAGGGAGCUGCAGGAGAAGGAGAUACGCCGGUGAAUGGACCCCAUUUUAGCGUCGAACGUGGAAGAGGAAAGGCGAGCCUGGAGGGAGAUCGAGCAGCGAUACGAUGCGGUGGUGCUGAAGGAGUUGCACGCGGCGCAUCGACGCGUGGGGGGCCCCGAAGUAGUAGAGGGCUAUCGUAGGCGACAGGAGUCGAAACCCCGUAGUCGGCAUAUCUGGCCGCCCAGGGGGACGGGCGGAAGAAGGCACAGGGAUCCCCCAGUGGAGGUGCAUGACCGCAUGGAGAUUGACCCCCCUGUGUGGCUCUUUGGUGAUACGUACCGGAAACAUAAGCAGUUUCAGGAGGACACUACCAAGCAGUUCCAGGAGGACACUACCAAGGGGGUCGGGGUUGAGGUGGGGAUUGAGAAGCGGAAGUGUGGUCCUAGCAUGCAGCCGGCUUCGGCAACUCUGGGUGCUACAGCCACGGACGCGCGGGUUGACGACCAGGUGCAACCGGCUGAAGUAGGGAAUGUGCCGGGGGGGGGGGGGGGACGACCUGGUAAGGUGGUGACAUUGGAGGGGAAGGGGGAAGACAGUCAGGGCAGGCCCCAUAGGCAGGUACUUCGGAGUUCGGGGGGGGAGACAGGACAAGUUAACGAGGUGCUGAGUGAGUUUGGGGGUAAGCAGAAGGGGCAGGGUGGGCUGGAUGAGAUCAGUCCAGGGAAAGUGCCGGAGGACGUUAAUGAGGCCAAUGGAUGGUCGAAUGAUGUGGAGGCAGUGGAAACUUCGGGGAAGACGAAUGACGGGGGAGGGGGGGGGAACAGAAAGGAAAGCACGCCAGGGGGAAAGGUCGGGGAGAGUGACGCGCUCCCAGGGGGAGGGCAGGCACGGGGAGAAGACAAGCAAGUGAUGCUCGACUGUGCGCAGGUCAGCACAUUAGACAGGAAGGUCGGGGAGGAGGAGACGGUGGGGGGGAACAGCAAGGAACGUACGCCAGGGGGAAAGGUCGGGGAGAGUGAGGCGCUUCAAGGGGGAGGGCAGGAACGGGGAGAAGACAAGCAAGCGAUGCUCAACUGUGCGCGGGUCAGCACAGUAGACAGGAAGGUCGGGGAAGAGGAGACGGCCCAAGGGCGCGUGCGGGAGGGGGGCGACGGCGGGGCUGGGCGUUCGUGCGAAAGGACGGGAGAGAGUGGUGGGGAGGAGGAGGCGGGGGGGGGGGGGGGGGGGGGGAAUGACAGGUCGGGGGAGGGAUCGGGGAGCGGGGAAGAGGCUGGGUGGCAGCAGCAGGAAUGCUGGCUCCUUGUCCCUUAUGGUCGCACAAAAACGGGUGUGGAGUCAACGGAUGUGCAUAUCCCGGUUCCGGGGGGCGCGAAAGAAGGCGAAUCGGACGAGGUGGAGGUGGUGGACCUCGCAGCUAGCCUGUCGGCCCUUUCCCCCACCCCCUCCCCCUCCCCCACAAAAGUGAGCCCACUGCUGUGUCAUCGGAUAGUGGGUCGGUGGAUGCCGAGACAUCGGCGGAAGCAGCUGACUUCGGGCCCGUCCAUAUCGAGCCCCUCGGAGGUGGGAAGUUCCUUACAGCAAGCAACAGUGGCGAUCCAAUCCGAUCGAGAAGAGGAGCGACGCGAGCCGCAGGCACGGGUGGACGCAAAGCUGAAGAGGCGGGAUCGGUCCCGCUCCCCGGCUGGUCGCAAGGCGCAGCCGCUUAAAGACGAGGACCGAUGGGUGUCCCCGCAGCGGAGACGCAUUGAAGAAGAGGAGUUACAAAAUAAGGUGGCCGAGGAUGGGCUGGCGGAAGGCAUGGAGGACGCGCAACCCCGCCAGCCUUCCCCGGAUUUGGAUGAGCCCAUGACAGGGGAUGAAGGCGGGGACUCGACGGAUGAUAGAGGCGGGGCGAUGGAUGAGGACAUGGAUAUCAACGAGGGGAUGGAAGCGGAUAUGGAUGUUGAUACAACGGUGAAGGGGUCGCUACAGGAAAUAUUGGCAGUCGGGGAGUGUUAUGUCUGCCCCGUGAUGCUGUGGUGGGCGGAGCAUGGCAUUAAGGUGGUCGUGAAAGGCAGUACGGAAUUCUUUGUUUAUGCGGCGCGGUCCCUCCCCAAGAACCCGAAUAUCACCAGACAGACGGAAGAGGAAUGGUGGGUGGAGCGGGUCGAGGCCGUGAGGGAGUGGCAAGAGUGGGAGACGGUGGAAACCGCCCGUUGGGGGCGCAAAUCAAGGGUGGGAUGGACCGUGGUGGGUGAGAAGAUGUCUCGACGAUUCUUCAGAGAGCUGGGAAAGAAGCAGGGGAUCGCCCUCAUGACGGCAAUGGACCCCCCCUUCGACCUCCGGCAGGCGAGGCAAGAGACUACGUUGCGGAUCUUGGACUGUGUAACGGACUUCUACGCUGGUCUGUUUACGGAGGAGGAUGGAUGGACUGUGGAGCAGAUGGCGAUGGCCCCGCAGGAGCAUAUUUGGAGGCACGUCCCGCCCGGCCUCACUGAGGAGCAGGCGCAGCCUUUGGAGACGGAGAUCACGCUAGAAGAGGUCCUUAGGGCGAUUGGAGAGCUGCCAAGACUCAAGGCGCCGGGGGUGGAUGGAAUCCCUGUCGAAAUGUAUAAGGCACAUAACCACUUCUUUGGUCCACUCCUCACACGGGCCUUCAAUGAGGCUUUGCAGGCGGGACGUCUCCCGGAAGGCUUUGCAGACGCCUUUGUGGUGCUGAUCUAUAAGAAGGGUGCCCGCGAGGAUGUCAGGAAUUGGCGCCCGAUAUCAAUUCUCAAUGCUCCCUACAAGAUCCUCGCCAAGGUAUUGUCGAACCGGCUCAAUGAGGUGCUGCCGCGUAUUAUCAACCCCGCCCAAGCGGGGUUUGUUCCGGGGAGGCAGAUUGUCUCGAACAUUAUGCUGGCUAGACAGGGACUGCAGUUGAGACAAGACAUGGUCCUCAAGUCCACUGCCUUUGCAGAUGACACCGGUGCAGUCAUCCCGCCUACCACACAGCAAUUAAGACGCCUUCAAAUGGAUCUGGAAUUGUUUUCACAGUACUCAGGCGCCAGGGUGAAUUGGCGGAAGUCGCAGGCCAUCCUCCCGCAGGGCUAUACUGCCCCAGAAGGCUGGGACGUGCCCACCUUGGCGGAUGGUGAAAACCUGUGUUUCUUGGGGGCCCUGAUUCACCCGGUGGGAGGGGGUGCUCAACGGAUGGAAGGAUUGGCAGCGGCAGCAAUUCUGAGGUUGGGGCGAUGGGCGAAGAGGACGCAUCUAGGAGUGUUUGGCAAGGCCCUCGUCCUUAAAAAUUCGGUGCUGUCCACGAUGUGGUAUGCUGGGGCCAUCCACAUGCCGAAGAGGCGGGUGUUCCGGCAGUUGCGGGCAGCGGUGCAUAGAUACCUGUGGGCAGGAGAUGUGGAAGCGGAGUCGGUAAUCCCGAGGGUGGCUUGGUCGAAGCUCACCCAGCCCAGGAGUCAGGGGGGGCUGGAGAUCUUGGACCCAGAACUGCAGAUGACGGCGCUUCAACUGUGCAACCUGCUGUGGUUUCUAUUGGGGACGGCGGGCACAGCCUGGGAGAGCCUUACCACUCAGCAUUUGGCCCUGGCGCUUGGCAUGACAGAGCAAAUGGUCCUAGUGGCGCUUGCCAGCCCAGGCCUCAUUAGCCACGUCAAGAGGAAUCACGUUUGGUCCGCUGCGCUGACGUUGUGGAAAAAGCUCCAAUUACAGCAGGAGUUACCGGUCACCACCGAUGAUGUCUAUAAUCAACUCCUCUUCGACAACCCCUGCAUAUGUGACGACGUGGGUGAUCUGUUCCCAUGGCAGGGGAAGCCCGGGGCCUUUGGGAAAUAUUGGGCGGAAUGUGGGGUCUUUAAGAUCGGGCACUUGUGGGACGAGGAAGAGAGGGACUGGAGGAAMGAGGCUGACAUGGCAGUGCGGCUCCCCCACAGGUUCCGGAGGCGGCAAAACUUAUCCGCCGUUCAGCGGGCUAUUCCCACGCAAUGGGUGGAUACACUGAGGGUGGAYCAUAGGGUGGUGGGAGAAUGGGUGAGACGCAAGAGAGAGACACACCCCCUGCAGGUAUACCAGAUCACACAGGUACAGGGUGAGGAGGUGGUGACGCGAGCAUGGGAUGUGGUGACAGGGUAUGAGGGUCUGGGAGCCCCAAUGAGAGUCAGACCUGGUGCGGGGACGCGGUGGAGGACUGACGAAAUUGAGACGGUGGGGGUGGACAGGAAGGACAAGGGGGAGCUCUAUGCCUUGGAGGUGAUACGGGUGGCUGUUCUCUGGGCCAUCUGGACCCUUCGAAACGAACGGUGUAGACAGGGCAGGGAGAUCACCCUGCAAGCUUUACGCGCACGGGUCCUGGAGAGCCUGCGCACGGCCAUGUCCACAGAGGCUCUGCGGAGCAGGAGAGCCAAAGAUCACGGCCUGACGAAGUUCUGGGCCGUCUCGGGCAAGUAUCCAGGCUUGGUACAGCAGGAUGGGAACCUGGGCCUGUUAAAAAAGGUCCGGCCCUGUGCAGUCACGGGUCUGUUUAGGAUUAGGGACUCUGGUCCUAUUCCGUUGGUCUUCGGGAUUGGAGUAAUAAUUAAUAGAGACGGUUGGGGGCAUUCGUAUUCCAUUGUCAGAGGUGAAAUUCUUGGAUUUAUGGAUGACGAACUUCUGCGAAAGCAUUUGCCAAGGACGUUCUCAUUAAUCAAGAAUGAAAGUUGGGGGAUCGAAGACGAUCAGAUACUGUCCUAGUCUCAACGAUAAACGAUGCCGACUAGGGAUUGGCGGAUGUCUAUUGGAUGACUCUGCCAGCACCUUGUGAGAAAUCAAAGUUUACGGGUUCC